AUGGAGUUGACUGAGGAUAUAUAUGCCAAUACUUAUGUUGCUGAGGACAAAAAUUCUGAGACAGAUGACAGCGGAAACUCUUAUGAAGAUAUAUACAUGAACGAGGAAGCUCUUCCAACUCCAACAGCAGCAUCCAUGGGAAAACCAGACCUUCAGAAACCAGGAAGUAACACUGCAAAUAACAGAUGCUACAGACCAGCUUCUGUGUGUCUGACUGUGCUGUGUGUUCUGCUGCUGGCUGCCCUCAUAAUGCUGUGUGUCAACAGACAUCAGCUACAAACCAGUUACAACAACUUGACCACAGAGAGAGAAAAAUUACAAACAAAUUACAACAAUCUGACUUCAGAAAAAGAACAAUUACAAACCAGUUACAACAACUUGACCAUGGAGAGAGAAAAAUUACAAACAAAUUAUGACAGUCUGACUAUAGAAAAAGAACAAUUACAAACCAGUUACAACAAGCUUGUUGAGAUGAGAGGCCAGUUACAAACCAAUUAUGAAAACAUAAGAAAUCAGAGAGACCAGUUACACAAAGAAACAGAUGAGCUUCAGAAAAUUCUUUCUAAAGUGGUUCAGCAGGGAUGGAAGUACUCCAGUCUGUACUACAUCUCUACUGAGAGAAAGACCUGGAGUGAGAGCAGACAGUACUGCAGAGACAGAGGAGCAGACCUGGUGAUCAUAAACAGCAAAGAAGAACAGGAAUUUAUUAAAAGGCUCAGUGGGAAUAAAAAAGCUUUCAUUGGUCUGACUGAUGAUGUCACAGAGGGGGAGUGGAAAUGGGUGGACGGCACAGCACUGACCACUGGGUACUGGGAGAGUGGGCAGCCCAAUAGUUAUAGGGGACGUGAUGAAGACUGUGUGGUUAUUCAAUAUAACAAUUGCUGUGAACAGUUGAACACCUGGCAUGAUGUUCCAUGCCAUGAUCAUUAUCACUGGAUCUGUGAGAAGGCUUUGUAA